AGAGGCUGGGAAGAAGGGGGAUCCUACAGGACCUGGGAGACUGUACAAUCUACCUCUGUCUGUGGAAAGAAGAAGAAAAAGAAGAAGAAAGGAGAAUAUACUCAAACUUUAUCCCACCUACUUUUUUUUUUUCCUUCUCUCAUCCAGAUAAAUGGCUGUGUUGUGAUAUCAGACAGCUGUGUGUGGAGCAUGAGCACAACCUGGAUUUUUUUUUAUGUGUGUUUGUGUUUUUUUUGUAAUGUUAAAUAAUUCCUGAACAGCAACACACAGACACGCACACAGCAAAAACAACAACCAAACAAACAGGAGAGAGCUGCUUUCUGCUGCUGCUGAGCCACGACGGACUGUGUCUGUCACUGAAAUCUCUGCAGGGACUGUGGAGGAGCCAGGAGAGAAAGAAAAACAGCGUUAUUUCACAAGCAAACGACACUAAUGUUUUCUGCUCGCUAGAGGACUGUACAGAGGGGGGGGGGUUUCUUUUCUUCUGUCUCUUUUUUAAACGAAAAGACACGCUAACGUUACGCCACGCAUGCCACAACCAUCGAGUCAGCAGCAGCAAACGCCUCCAAAAAAAGAAAAAAACCCUCUGAAUUAAGUCAAAGGUCGCGUCCACAUAACAUUUUAACGCAUGCAACUUUUUCAGUCCAAAACGAGGGUGUUUUUUUUUUGCAGCUGCGUGCCCAAGCGUGAGAUUUGCUCGACUUUAAAUUUAACGGAGAGAUUUUGAAGUGUGAGCAGCAGAAAACUUCACUUGUGGCCUGGACUGAAGCUACACAGCUAACUAGCCUCUCUGUGCUAGCUCCUGCUCGGCCAGCUAAAGUGUUUCAUUUUUUGUUUGUGUUUUGUUUUAUUUCUCCGUUUUUUAAAAAAUUUAUCGACAAGGACAAACUGAACUGGACCAGCUUGACUUGACAAAGACACGCACACACAGAAUAAGGAAGCACUCAUGCACAGUGCUGGGGUUUGUUAGCUUUGUUUCCAUGAGGUGGCUAACUUUAGCAGCAGGGUUAGCUUGUGUUUGACUGAACACGUUGGACUCCUUCCUCCGCCCAUCUUCCGGGAUGUCGUUUAUUUAUUUGUGUUUACCUGUUGGCCCAUGCCGCAAAAUAAAAACAAUUUCCUGAAGGCAUUUCUCCUCCAGUCUGAGCUCUCCUCCUCCUCCUCCAAGCCCAAAGGAUUAUUCAGUAUUUGAGCAGGAGUAGUUGCUGCAUGGUGACUUAUUGUCCAGACUCAGUUAUGUGUCUCCGGACUGUGGGUUUUGUUUUGGCCGCUGUCUGCUUAAUGAUGAGCUGUCAUCGAGCCAGUGCAGAGAUUUGUUCAAACAAGGAUAUCCGGAACAAUGUGACCAACCUGCAAACUCUCGAGAACUGCACUGUGAUCGAAGGCCACCUGAAGAUCUUACUUAUGUUUAGGACCAAGCCAGAGGAUUUUCGAGGCAUCAGUUUCCCCAAGCUGACAGUGGUCACCGACUACUUGUUGCUCUUCAGGGUUUAUGGCUUGGAGAGCCUCAGUGAUCUCUUCCCCAACCUGACUGUCAUCAGAGGCAACAACCUGUUCUUCAACUAUGCCCUGGUGAUGUUCGAGAUGCUCCAGCUGCGAGAGAUCGGCCUCCAUAGCUUGAUGAAUAUCACCCGAGGAGCCGUGAGAAUCGAGAAGAACCCUGAUCUCUGCUAUCUCGCCACUCUGGACUGGUCCAAGGUCCUGGACUCAGUGGAGGACAACUAUAUCGUGGCCAACAAGAAUGACAGAGAGUGCGGGGAUGUGUGCCCGGGGGUGGCCAUCGGAAAGACCACCUGCCAGACGACAACCAUCAAUGGACACUUCAGUGAGCGCUGCUGGACGCAGAAACACUGUCAAAGAAUGUGUCCUGUUCAGUGUAAACACCGAGCUUGCACCAAGGACAACCAGUGCUGUCACGACCAGUGCCUGGGUGGCUGCCUGAAGCCCAACUCAGCCGGUCACUGCGUGGCCUGCCGCAGCCUCCAGGCACAGGGCACCUGUGUGGAGCGCUGUCCUGAAAACCACUACACUUUCAAGGGAUGGCGCUGCAUCUCUUUCGCCUUCUGCCAGGAGCUCCACAACAGAUGCAAGCGUGAAAAGGAGCACAGCAAGAACCCCGACUGCCACGAGUACGUCAUCCACAACGGUGCCUGCAUCCCUGAGUGUCCCUCUGGCUACACGACCGUCAACUCCUCCGCGCUGAACUGCACUCCAUGUGCAGGACUCUGUCCCAAAGUGUGUAUGGGCCUAAAAACAGUGGACUCUGUAACAGCAGCGCAGGCUUUGAGAGGCUGCACCAUUCUCAACGGGAGUCUGGUCAUCAACCUGCGUGGAGGAAACAACAUAGCAGCUGAACUGGAGGCCAGCCUGGGCCAGCUGGAGGAGAUCACUGGCUACCUGACAGUGCGACGUUCCUACGCCCUCGUAUCCCUCUCGUUUUUCCGCAAGCUUCGUGUUAUUCGUGGAGAGGAAACGGAAAUCGGGAAUUACUCCUUCUAUGCCCUUGACAACCAGAACCUGCGCCAGCUCUGGGACUGGUCCAAACACAACCUGACGAUCCUGCAAGGACGCUUGUUUUUCCACUAUAACUCCAAACUCUGCAUGUCUGAGAUCCGCAAGAUGGAGGAGGUCACGGGAACCAAAGAGCGAAUGGUCAAGAACGAAAUCGCCUCCAAGACAAACGGAGACCAGGCCUCAUGUGAGAACCAUGUGUUGAAGUUCACCCAGAUCCGAACCAUGAGCGAUAAAAUAAUGGUCAAGUGGGAAGCCUUCUGGCCUCCAGACUUCAGAGACCUGCUGGGCUUCAUGGUGCUCUACAAAGAAGCACCUUUUCAGAACGUAACCGAGUUUGACGGGCAGGACGCCUGCGGCUCCAACAGCUGGGUGAUUGCUGACGUGGACCCUCCGCCUCGAGCCACCGAGGCGGACAAAGAGCAUUUUGAGCCAGGUCAUCUCAUCCUGCCGCUGAAGCCCUGGACGCAGUACGCUAUAAUGGUGAAGACCCAACUCUCAGCUUCUGAUGAACACCAGGUCCACGGAGCCAAGAGCGAGAUCAUCUAUGUGCGCACCAACGCCACCAAGCCCUCGGUCCCGCUGGAUCCCAUUUCCUCAUCCAACUCUUCCUCCCAGAUCAUCCUCAAGUGGAAAUCUCCCAAUGACCCCAACGGCAACAUCACUCACUACCUGGUGUUCUGCCAGCGCCAGCCUGAGGCCAGCGAGCUCUACAAGUUUGACUACUGUCAGAAGGGGAUGAAGUUGCCGUCAAGGGUGCCCACUCAGGUGGACAGUGAUGAUGAGCAGAAGUGGAACCAGACAGAGGAGCAGGGCCAGGGGACACGAUGCUGCGCCUGCCCCAAAACGGACAAGGAGCUCAAGAAAGAGAAAGAGGACUCAGAAUACCGCAAAACAUUUGAGAAUUACCUCCACAAUGAAGUUUUUGAGAUCAAACGCACAAGACAGAGACGCUCUGUGAUGGGCAUCGCCAACCGAACCCACCCUUUCCUCACCACGGCCCCCAGCCCGCCCGGGGGCACACACGUCCCGGACGAUGAGGACGAAGAGGCUUUUGAAAGCACCAAGACUGUUGUCACUGUGCACACCAAGGAGUCCACUGUUGUCUCCAAUCUGCGCCACUUCACCAGCUACCAGAUCGAGAUCCACGCCUGCAACCACCCGACCGACCCGUCCCGAUGCAGCAUGGCGGCAUAUGUCAGCGCCCGCACAAUGCCUGAAGAUAAAGCUGAUGACAUAGUGGGUCCCAUCAAAUACGAGGUGUCAGAGAUGGCGGUGCAAAUCACAUGGCAGGAGCCCGCAUCUCCCAAUGGCAUGAUCAUCCUGUACGAGGUCAACUACAAAAGACUGGGAGACAGUGAGGAGCUGCACCACUGUGUGUCCAGGAACAUUUACAGAAUAACCCGUGGCUGCAAGCUGAGAGUGAUGCAUUCUGGGAACUACACGGUGAGGAUCCGGGCCACCUCGCUUGCUGGGAACGGAUCCUGGACCGAGCCCACGUACUUCUACAUCCAGGACGCAAGAGAUCCUCUCAACAUCGUGAAGAUCGUGAUUGGACCGGUCAUUUGCUUCGUCCUGCUGCUGUUCGUGGCCGGGGCCGGAUUCGUCAUGUUCAAGAAGAAUCAAACUCAAGGACCCAGUGGUCCCAUCUACGCCUCCUCAAACCCAGAGUACCUCAGUGCCAAUGAUGUGUACGAGGAGGACGAGUGGGAGGUGGCCAGGGAUAAGAUCAUUAUUUUGAGGGAGCUGGGUCAGGGCUCCUUCGGCAUGGUCUACGAAGGCAUCUCCAAGGACAUCAUCAAGGGCGAGGGAGACACACGCGUGGCGGUGAAGACGGUCAACGAAUCGGCCAGCCUGAGGGAGCGAAUCGAGUUCCUGAACGAGGCCUCGGUCAUGAAGGCCUUCAGCUGUCACCAUGUGGUGCGUCUGCUGGGUGUGGUGUCUAAGGGUCAGCCCACCCUGGUAGUGAUGGAGCUGAUGACCCACGGAGACCUGAAGAGCUUCCUGCGUUCUCUCCGACCUGACGCUGAGAACAACCCUGGACGUCCACCACCCACACUGAAGGAGAUGAUCCAAAUGUCCGCUGAGAUCGCAGACGGCAUGGCUUACCUUAACGCCAAGAAGUUUGUCCACAGAGACUUGGCUGCCAGAAACUGCAUGGUAGCUCACGAUCUCACCGUCAAAAUAGGAGACUUUGGCAUGACCAGAGAUAUCUACGAGACCGACUACUACAGGAAAGGAGGGAAGGGCCUGCUGCCCGUCAGGUGGAUGGCACCUGAGUCUCUGAAGGACGGAGUCUUCACCGCACAUUCAGACUGCUGGUCAUUUGGGGUCGUGCUAUGGGAAAUCAGUACGCUGGCCGAGCAGCCGUACCAGGGUCUGUCCAACGAACAGGUCCUCAAGUUUGUCAUGGACGGAGGCUACUUGGACCGGCCGGACAACUGCGCAGACAGGCUACACAACCUGAUGCAGAUGUGUUGGCAGUACAACCCCAAGAUGCGCCCGGCCUUCCAGGAGAUCAUCGAGAUGCUGCGCGAGGACCUGCAUCCAUCCUUCCAGGAGUUAUCCUUCUUCUACAGCGAGGAGAACAAGCCGCCCGAGACCGAAGACUUUGACCUGGACAUGGAGAACAUGGAGAGCAUCCCGCUGGACCCAUCGUCCUACUCGCAGAGGGAGCAGUGUUCGGACAGGGACGAGGCCUCCUCCAUGGGCCUGAGGGGCAGUUACGAGGAGCACCACAUCCCCUUCACACACAUGAACGGGGGAAAGACCAAUGGACGAAUAUUGGCCCUACCGCGGUCAAGUCCCUCCUAACAUACUGUACACAUCCAUCACAAACACACACACACACACAUUGAUGCUAUAGAUUUAAAUAUAUUUUUCUGUUUUUUUGUUGUCAUUUUAUAUAGAUCACACUUUUAUCACUCUCUCUCCAGAUGCCCAUCAAUAUCUCAGGACCUUAUUUUUUUCUCCUCAGAUGCCACAAACACACACUACAGUACGUCCACACACGGAUGCCAGAAGACACUUUUUUUGUAUUUAAGGAUGAACGUCACGUGUCUCUCGUUCAUGAUUGUAGUUCAUAUACUGUAAAUAUAUAUUGCCAAGUUUGUGCUAGACUGGGUGGAAAAUAAUGGAUUCAACUGUGAAACAAACUCUCGACAAAACAAGAAGGCUGCUAAACCCACUUUCCCCCCCUCCCGAGUCCAGACUGUGUCCCUCUCCCCUCUAAAGGCUGAUUUAUGCUUCUAUGUUCGGUCGACGUCAAGCCGACGGCGUACCUACGCAGAGUUCUCUGCGUCGCCGUGAACCCCUACGCCGUCCCCUGACGUGCACCUCCCCAAAUGUAACUAUGCGUUGAGGCAAUGCAGACUACCAUAAAAGGGUUAAUCUCCCUGGGUUGCUUAGUUUUUGGAAGAAGAAAAAAAAAAGUGCCCUUCUAUUUUGUCUGUGGCCUACACCAGUUGUCAUGGAACUGUGUCUGAAUCUUUGUAUGCUUCGCGGUAAGCAGAUGAUGAACUGAUAAAUGAAAGACUUUUGGGAACUCUUCUCUCUCUUUGUCAGAUGGUCGAAGACGGUCCAUCCUUGAACAAAACUCUUAUCCACUGGAGAAGCUGGUUGAAGUGGCUUACCUCCUCACACUCUGCAGUAUUCCAAAAUGGCACACAGGAUAAACACAGGAUUUUUGGCCGGGUUAUAUUUUUUUAAUUUAUUUACAUGGGUUUUUUUUCCUUCCUUUUUUUUCUCUUUUUUUUGAGUUUUCACAUUUACAGCUGAAGGAUAUUUAAACUGUUUUUUUUUUUUUUUUUAAAUGGCGAACGAGUUCCUCAGAUUGACCAAUAGCUGCUUCUUUGGUAUAUUUUAGUGGGUAUAGAAGAUAAAAUAUAUAAAUAUAUAUAAAUAUAUUAUUGAUGUUUUUGUACAUAGCUGAUAUGUUGUCAUUCUUGAGGUAUUUCUGGUCAUAGAAAAUGUUUUUACAUGUUAGUCUAUUAUGUUUAUUUUUUCUAAUCCAGAAAAAUCAUACUAAUUAGCAUUUUGGACUCAUGAUCAACGAACAGCACUUGGUCUUUUUUGCAAUGCGAUGCCCGCGAGGAGUGUUUGGCGUCUUCAGCUUAAGAUGUCUGCUCAUCAUAUCAAGAUCAAAUAAAAUGUAAAUAAUGCAGCAAGGUGCAUCCAAGAAGAGGCUCUGGCAGUGCUUCUGUUAUUUCUCAUGACGUCAUUUCUCAUGCGUGUGUGUGUUAUUUUCCAGACAGUGUUGAGUUUGUUUAGUGAAUUUUAAGACUGCCAUGUGUAUAACAAGGGAAAAAAUGUGGGAUAAUCAGUGAGUAGAGGAUGGCAGGAAAAGUAUUCAACAGAACCAUUGAUGCAAAAAUAUAACACAUUGGCAGAUAUUUAUUUUUUAAACAACCAAUUUACAUAUAUUUGACAUUAAAGCUGUAACUAACAAUUAUUUUCACUAUCAAUUAAUCUAUUCUUUUCUGGAUUGAUUGAUUAGUUGUCUGGUGAGAAAAUGCUGAUCACUGUUUCCCAAAACCCAAGGUGACUUCCUUGUCCUCCUGUCAUAAAAGUACAAAGAUAUAAGAACAUAUUCACA